AAUAGGAUACGAACACGUGUAUAGAUCCCUGGAUCUGCGAUGCUUCUCUUAAAUUCUCCUCUCGUCUUCAUUUCCAUCCUCGUCUCCUUCCCUCAGCCAUCCUCUCUGAGCAUAUAAAACCUUCAUGGCAUUUGCGCACUUCUGCAGCAUCCAGUGUUUCCUUAAAACCGGGAAACAACAAGAGCUUCUUCUCCUUGUUAUCGGAUUGCCUUUUCCCAAGAUUUUCCAGAUUAGCAAUUGUUUUAGUCAGUUCUCUCCUCAUUAAUAUCUGUCUUCGGUACAGAAUCCCUCACCAGGCUUGUGGUGGUGAACUCUUGAAAGCUUUCUCAGUGAUUCUGUAUCGAUCUUUUUGUUGUUGUUGUGGACAUUAUGGUUUCCUCACAGCGUCCUGUCCCCAACAAAAUCCAGAAACAGCAAUAUCUAUCCAUCAGCCCUUCAGAUUCUGUUUUGAAAGAUGAUGAUGUUGAACUUGAGUUCUCUGAUGUGUUUGGUCCACUCCCUGAAGAGGCCAAUGAUAUUGUCUACGACGAGCCUGCUGUUGUCUAUAGUCGAUCCCACUCAUUGGUUGGUCCCUCUUCCCUCGAUAGUCAUUCUUUGAAGCUGACUAAGCUCACCUUACGUGAGACUGAGGACUCUAUUGACUUGGUGGAAUGUAUUGAAGGCGAAUCCUUAAAGGAAAACGAUGAAUUCUCUGGUAAUGACGACAGUGACAGUGACAAAGCUCUAGAGGGAGAUAUGGUCAAAGUCUCAGGUGUAGUAGGCAAAGAUGAUUUUGAGAUUUUGAAGGUUGUUGGCAAAGGUGCAUUUGGGAAAGUGUACCAGGUCAGGAAAAAGGAGACCUCUGAGAUAUACGCAAUGAAGGUCAUGAGGAAAGAUCACAUUAUGGAGAAGAACCAUGCUGAAUACAUGAAAGCUGAGCGCGAUAUUCUUACCAAAAUUGAUCAUCCUUUCAUCGUUCAACUUAAGUACUCUUUUCAGACCAAGUAUAGGUUGUAUCUUGUGCUCGACUUUAUAAAUGGAGGGCAUCUUUUCUUCCAGCUCUAUCACCAAGGGCUUUUCAGAGAGGACUUGGCUCGUGUGUACACUGCAGAAAUUGUCUCUGCAGUUUCCCAUCUCCAUGAGAAAGGCAUAAUGCAUAGAGAUCUAAAACCUGAAAACAUACUCAUGGACACAGAUGGUCACGUGAUGUUAACAGAUUUCGGUUUAGCAAAGGAAUUUGAAGAAAACACAAGAUCAAACUCCAUGUGCGGAACCACGGAGUAUAUGGCACCUGAAAUCGUUCGAGGAAAAGGACAUGAUAAAGCUGCUGACUGGUGGAGCGUAGGGAUUCUUCUUUAUGAGAUGCUCACAGGAAAGCCUCCGUUUAUGGGAAACAAAGGAAAGAUACAGCAGAAAAUCGUGAAAGACAAGAUCAAGCUUCCACAAUUUCUGUCUAACGAAGCUCAUGCGAUGCUGAAAGGGCUGCUGCAAAAAGAGCCGGAAAGGCGACUUGGAAGUGGACCGAGUGGAGCAGAGGAGAUAAAAGCGCACAAAUGGUUCAAGGGAAUAAACUGGAAGAAGCUGGAGGCUAGAGAAGUGGAGCCAAGUUUCAAGCCUGAAGUAUCGGGAAGGCAGUGCAUAGCAAACUUUGACAAGUGUUGGACUGAAAUGUCAGUUUUGGAUUCUCCGGCUAGCAGUCCGAGUUCGGAUCCUAAGGCCAAUCCAUUUACCAACUUCUCAUACGUGAGGCCUCCUCCUUCAUUCCUUCAACGAUCCACAUCCAAUUUGUAGAUGAACUAUAUAUUAUGUUAUUCCUGCUUCUUUUGUUGUUGUUUUCCGCCAAAUGUAUGAACAUGAAAACAAUCUCGGUUGACUUAAGAAGCUUAAUUUAUAUUUGAGUUGUUUAUGAGACUCUGAAGUAGAGUUGAA